GGAGGCAGCGAAGAUGGCGGCGGCAGUGGGGAGAGCCGGUUCCUUCAGCUCCUCUUCCUCCGGGAUCGGUUCGGCUGCUGCUUUUUCCUCUUCUUCGUCCGCCGCUACGGCCACAACCAACAACAACGCGGAGCUGCGGGCAGGCGGCGAUGAGGACGAUGGGCAGAACCUCUGGUCCUGUAUCCUCAGUGAGGUGUCCACGCGCUCCCGCUCUAAGCUGCCAUCGGGGAAGAACGUUCUCCUGUUGGGUGAAGAUGGAGCUGGUAAAACUAGCCUAAUAGGAAAAAUUCAAGGCAUAGAGGAAUAUAAAAAAGGAAGAGGAAUGGAGUAUUUGUAUUUAAAUGUGCAUGAUGAAGAUCGAGAUGACCAAACAAGAUGUAAUGUAUGGAUAUUGGAUGGUGACCUGUAUCACAAAGGUCUUCUUAAAUUCGCAAUGGAGGCAAGCUCUCUAAAGGACACUCUAAUUAUGUUGGUAGUAGACAUGUCUAGGCCUUGGACUGCACUGGAUUCUUUACAAAAAUGGGCAAGUGUUGUAAGAGAACAUAUUGACAAGUUAAAAAUUCCUCCUGAAGAAAUGAAAGAAAUGGAACAAAAACUGGUAAGAGACUUCCAGGAAUAUAUAGAACCAGGCGAGGAUUUUCCAGCUUCUCCACAGAGAAGAAAUACUUCAUUACAGGAAGACAAAGAUGACAGUGUGAUUUUACCCCUGGGUGCAGAUACACUAACAUGUAACUUAGGCAUUCCAGUAGUAGUAGUUUGUACAAAGUGUGAUGCCAUCAGCAUUCUGGAAAAAGAGCAUGACUACAGAGAUGAACACUUUGACUUCAUUCAGUCACAUAUCAGACAGUUUUGCUUACAAUAUGGGGCAGCUCUUAUUUACACUUCAGUAAAGGAGAACAAAAACAUUGAUUUAGUGUAUAAAUAUAUUGUCCAGAAGUUGUAUGGUUUUCCUUUCAAUGUUCCAGCUGUUGUUGUGGAAAAAGAUGCAGUAUUUAUUCCUGCAGGUUGGGAUAACGACAAGAAGAUAGGAAUAUUGCAUGAGAACUUUCAGACACUAAAAGCAGAAGACAGUUUUGAAGAUAUCAUAACAAAACCACCAGUCAGAAAGUUUGUUCAUGAAAAAGAAAUUGUAGCAGAAGAUGACCAAGUGUUUCUUAUGAAGCAGCAGUCACAGCUGGCGAAACAACCACCUACUGCUGCAGGAAGGCCAGUGGAUGCCUCUCCAAGAGUUCCUGGUGGGUCCCCUAGGACACCAAAUAGAUCUGUAACAUCAAACGUUGCCAGUGUUACACCUAUCCCUACUGGGUCAAAAAAAAUUGAUCCCAAUAUGAAAGCUGGAGCUACUAGUGAAGGAGUCCUGGCUAACUUCUUUAAUAGUCUCCUGAGCAAGAAAACUGGUUCCCCCGGUGGCCCUGGUGGUGUUGGUGGCAGUCCCGGAGGAGGUGGCCCUGGAGGUGCUGGCAGCAACUUACCACCAUCAGCAAAAAAAUCAGGUCAGAAGCCAGUCUUAACAGAUGUUCAAGCAGAAUUGGACAGAAUUUCACGAAAACCUGAAAUGGUCUCUCCUACAACACCUACAUCUCCCACAGAAGGUGAAGCAUCCUGAAGACACCAAAUAAAACCAAUUGUUCACUUUUCUGGGAUAAGUCAAACUUGCCUCUGCCUCUUCCUUCAGUGACUGGAACUAAAGAACUGAAUUAUCUUUCAGAACACAAACAGUUGAUGUUUAUCUUUUUCUUAUGUGUUGCCCAGCUUUACAAAAGGGAGCUGUACAGAUGGAAAACGGUUAUCACAUCCUGUAGGAGUACUGCUCAGUGCAAGAAUAGUAAAUUAAUUUUUUUCUGGGUUUUGUUGAAAAGUCAGUGUCAUUUUGUAAAAUGCAAGUAUAUCCACUUAAGUUAUAGGGGUUGCUUAGAGCAGGAAAACUGGUAUGCACCACGGGCACUUAAUUUAUAUUGAUUUUUCGAACCUGUUAGGCAAGUUUAACACUAUCUUUAAAUAGAUUAACCUCUACAGAAGAGAACAACUACUAAUUUUUGGAAGACAAAAUUAACUGCACAAAGCUGUAACAACAGCAAACUCCAAUUGUACUUGAAUUGGGAUAUGGUUAAAAAAAACCUGUUUGGGGUAUGGUUAAAAAAACCCUGUUUGUGAUAUGGUUUAAAAAAAAAAAAAACAAACAAACAGUUUGAUCUCCACUAAAUUUACACUGCAUUCAAAAACCCAUGCAAAAAUUCAUUCCAGAUAUAAGACUAAAUUAGUGAACAUUUUAGGGUAGGGGGGUUCUCUUUGAUUAAUUUCAGACACUGAAUAACAGAUGUAUAAAGACAAAGCAGAGGUUAAAUGUACAGAUUAUCAGUAUCCAGAUUUGUCUAUAUAUAUGGCUCAGCCUUAAGGGCCCCCACUGUUUCCCACAUGAGUUAUGGUUUAAAA